AUGUCUUUCGCUACUACCCAAGCUCUGGCUCGCCACCAGUUGUUCUACAUGGACAUCUCCAUAUUUCAACUAUUCAGAGUUCCCACCGGUUACCUGAGGCAGUAUUCUGCCAUAUUCAACGACAUGUUUACACUUAAACCGCAGCCGGGAGCGGCGGCGGAGGGAGAGAGUGACGAGAUGCCCAUCAAGCUUGAUGGCGUGAGCAAGGUCGACUUUGAGCGGUUUCUCGAAGUAAUAUUGGCAGCGAAAUAUACGCAAGUAGAGCCGAGGAAGUCCUUCGGCACUUCGCACUGGCUUUCCGUUCUCAAGCUUGCCAAUCUAUGGGGGUUCGCCUACCUUCGGCAGACCGCCAUUACGAAGCUUUCAUCCUCGUCGAGUGAGGCUCUACGUCCUGUCUUCACGGCCACGGAAUAUGUUGAUUACGGGCGUUCAUACAAAGUCGAGCAGUGGGUCAAGCAAGGGUAUGCAGAGCUAGUAAGUCGGAGGGAGAAAAUCAACAAGGCUGAAGCUGCAUGCAUUGGGUGGGAAGCGGUACUCAAGCUCUGCCAUCUGCGAGAGGAUCUCGUUGGGCAGCAGGGAUCAGACGCAAAUUCCUUGGGUGCUCCUGCGCAUCCAACCAGGCCACGCGGCAGCAUCUCCCUCAAGGAAUCCCCGGCUCUGAACCCUGCUGUAAAUACAGCAAUAUGUCAGGCCUUCUCAGUGGAAUUACAGGACAUUCGAGGGGCAGCGGCAGCCUUGAGUGUUCCGGCACCCACAAUCAAUGUGUCACUCCCAUAG